ACUAGCAGAACGUGGAUGGGACACUGCGAUGCAUAUCAUGACUCAGUGGCUUUUGAGGAUGUGAGUGUGAAGUUUACCCUGGAGGAGUGGGCUUUACUGGAUCCUUCACAGAAGAAGCUCUACAGAGAAGUGAUGCGGGAAACCUUCAGGAACCUGGCUUCCAUAGGAGAAAUAUGCAAAGACAUUGAAGAUCACUAUGAAAAGCAUGGGACAGACUUAAGCCGUCAUAUAGUAGAGAGACUGGGUAAAAGUAAAGAAGGUAAUCAGUAUGGAGAAACCUUUGGCCAGAUUCCAAAUCAUAAUCAGAAAAAGAAAACUACUGGAAUGAAACUAUGUGAAUGCAGUGUGUGUGGACAAGUCUUCAUGAAUCAGUCAUUGUAUAGUAGCCACAUGAGAUCUCACACUACACCCAAACCAUAUGAGUAUCAGGAAUACGAAGAAAAGCCAUAUAAAUGUAAGGAAUGUGGGAAAGCCUUCAAGUAUCGCCAAUCCAUUCGAAGGCAUGAAAGGAUUCACACUGGAGUGAAACCCUAUAUAUGUAAGCACUGUGGUAAAGCUUUCAGUUGUCUCAGUUACUGUCGAAUUCAUGAAAUAUCUCACACAGGAGAGAAACCGUAUGAAUGUAAGCAAUGUGGUAAAGCUUUCAGUUGUCCCAAUUACUUUCGAAAACAUGAAAGAACUCAUACUGGAGAGAAACCUUAUGAAUGUAAGCAAUGUGGUAAAGCCUUUAGCUGUCCCACAUCCUUUCGAAGUCAUGAAAGGAUACACAGUGGAGAAAAGCCCUAUAAAUGUAAAAAAUGUGGCAAAGCUUUCAGUUGUCCAAGUUACUUUCGAAAACAUAAAAGAAUUCAUACUGGAGAGAAACCCUAUGAAUGUAAGCAGUGUGGUAAAGCCUUCAGUUGUCCCAGAUCCUUUCGAAGUCAUGAAAGGAGACACAGUGGAGAAAAGCCCUAUGAAUGUAAAAAAUGUGGUAAAGCCUUCAGUUGUCCAAAUUAUUUUCGAAAACAUGAAAGAAGUCAUACUGGAGAGAAACUCUAUGAAUGUAAGGAAUGUGGGAAAGCCUUCAGUUGUCCAAGUUACUUUCGAAAACAUGAAAGAAAUCAUACUGGAGAGAAACCCUAUGAAUGUAAGGAAUGUGGGAAAGCCUUGAGUUCUCUCACCAACUUUCGAAGACACAUGAUGAAGCACACUGGAGAUGGGCCUUAUAAGUGUAAGGACUGUGGUAAAGUCUUCGAUUGUGCCAACUACUUUCGAUAUCAUGAAAGCACACAUAGUGGAGAAAAGCCAUAUGAAUGUAAGGAAUGUGGUAAGUCCUUUAGUACUCCCAGGUCCCUUCAAAAUCAUGAAAAAACUCAUACUAGAAAAAAACCUCAUAAAUGUAAGGAAUGUGGUAAAGCCUUCAGUUUUCCCUGUUCCCUUCAAAAACAUGAAAGAAGUCAUACUGGGGAGAAACCCUAUGAAUGUAAGCAGUGUGGUAAAGCCUUCACUUAUCUCAGUUCCAUUCAAAAACAUGAAAGAGCUCAUAGUGGAGAGAAACCCUAUGAAUGUAAGGAAUGUGGGAAAGCCUUCAUUUCUCUCUCUAAUGUUCAAAGGCAUAUGAUAAAGCACACUGGAGACGGACCUUGUAAAUGUAAGGAAUGUGGAAAAGCCUUCGAUUGUCCUAGUUCAUUACGAACACAUGAAAGAACUCACACUGGAGAGAAACCCUAUCAAUGUAAAAAUUGUAGCAAAGCCUUCAGUCGUCCCAGUUCUUUACGAAAUCAUGAAAGAACUCAUACCUAAGAGAAAGUCUAUGAAUAUAAGGAAUGUGGAAGAGUCUUUCAUGGACAUGUAAGAAUGCACACUAGAUACUGUAUAGAUACAUAUAGAAUCUGGAAAAGCCUUCAUCUGUCUCAUUUCCUUGGGAAGCCAUUAAACAAACAAAAACACAGUGGAGAAAAUUCUAUUGAAUGUAAACAAUAUAGGAAAACCUUCACUUGCCUCAAAUCCCUACAAAAUCAUGUGAGAAUGUAUACUGGAUAGAAACUGUAUAACCGAAAAAUAAGACAAAAUUUUUUAUUUUAACAAAUAUUUUCAAAGUAAUGUUAAAACUGCAUCAGAAUUAAAUGAUAUUGUAAUAAUAUGGGUAGCCUGGUGAAAAUUAAUUCAUGUAGGAUACUCUAGUAAUUUCACGAUAUGGAAGAAAUGUUAUAAACAUUAUACAUAUAUGAUCUUUAUUACUGACUUAUUCUUUAAUUCUCUGAAUGGAGUUCUACUUACUUUUGCAAGUAAAUAUUGCAGUGAGAUAAUUCUGUAGUUACUGUUUAAGCAAGAGUUACUAAUUUUAAUAGGUAAUUUCUUUCUUUAUUCAGUAAAAUUUUUAUGCUUCUCUUUUGAAGUCUGUUAGAUCCAUGGGUGAAUUGAAGUGUAUUUCUAACAUGCAAAUAGAAUUAUUUUUUACAUAAUUCUUUAAUUGAUCUAUUAGGAUAGGACCAUUGAAAAAUGUCACUUUGGUAUUUGUUGGUUUUUUUCCUACUGGUCUCCUAUGACAAGAACUUUUACCCAUUACAUAUAUAUAUUAUAUAUUUCUGUUAAGAAAGAAAGGUGAAAUAUAUGUGUAUAUACAGAAAACUACCUUUUCAUUGGCCUGAAGAGCCUUAUUUUGUUUUCCUUGCCAAUAAAUAUUUGGCAUAAAUUUGUAAAUAUGCAAAGUUCAUCACAUAGUCUCCUGUGAAUUAUUAUUUUAAUGUAUUGUCCCUUGCUCUUUAUCAUUCCUUCUGGUUGGGAUUUGGGCUAUGGAGUUUGCAUUAAGAAGAGAGAACUGUGAUAGGACAAUAAAAUCUAGAGUUAGAGAUGACCUUUCUUGACUGUUAAAUCAACGUGAGUAAUGUAUGAACCAUGUUUUCUACAAGCUAUUGCCUUUAUGUUUCCAUGUUAGAAUUCACCAAAUCCUAUGUUACAUGAAACUUGGAAUGCAGAAGUGAAAUAGGAUUAGGCAGGUUUUGGAGCCACCUGUAUAAAUAAAACAGACAGAUGUAUAGGGCCUUUGCGAACACUUGCUUCCAGACCAUCUUCCUCAUUCUUUGCCCUGCCAAUCAAGAAUAUCCUCAAAACCACCAGUGUCUGCUUGACUUCCAUUUGAUUUCAGCUCUAGGCUUCUACAGUUGUCUCCAAAGUUCAACAUGAAAGAUCCAGUGCAGUUGGGAUUCUCCUGCAAGCCUUCAUGUGUCCACCAGACUGUCAUCAUUGAGAAUGUUCUCUGAAGCACUAACUCCACUGUUGUCUAGAUUGUAUUUAUAUAAGGUCUAAUUUGUACAGUAAACACCUUGUUCUGUUAAUACGCCGAGUGACCAUGUGUUUCUGAUUCCACUAUGACAGUUGCAAUGGUGCCGUCCAAACGAACCAUGUUGGAGUUUGUUUCUCUGCUGCACUAAGCAGUGACUGCUUUGACCCAGUCUGUCCAUGUGAGAAUUGGCACUUUCCUCAUAUCAGGCAGAUUCUGGAUAUUUCCUUUUACUCAUAGUUGAGCUUAAUCCCUCGAAAUACUUUGAUUCAUCUUUGAUUGUACAUGAUUGAGUUUGUGCAUUUCUUCUCUAAUGAGUGCUUCUGUAGUUUUUUCUUAGAAACAUUUUAUUAACUGUUUAACAGACGCUUGUAUACUAAGAAAUACUGUGUUUUUCAUUUCCUAAGAGUAGACAUUAAAGUAUUCCAUUGUAAUUGUG